AUGAAACCAGACCCGAAGGCUUGCUGUGUGAUCUGUCAACUUGUUUUCUGCUGUGGCGACUGCCGCCAAAGACACGAAAAGUUCGUGCACGGCUUGACUUACGACUGCCCGAUCUGCAGAGGCUCCAACUAUCUCUGCAACCCACAAACUUUGACUGAAGAUUUCAUAAAACAUAUUUUCCAAGAACAUCUUCCCCUGUACUGCAAAAAGUGUAACAAGCAAUUCAAUAGAAUGGAAGAUCUUAUCAAUGUCGAAGAAUGUACUAGUAUAUCGGAGUUAAUUAAAGAAAAUGAGAUAAAAGCUAAAGAAAUUAACGUCGAUGUUAAAUUUGAUUCGUUAUACGAAAAAAUUUUAGAUGAAGCUCAAACUAAAGCCAAUAGAACAGCAGUUAUAACCCCUGUUGUUAGAAAGAAACAUAUAGUUGAUUACGAAUCUAGCGAAAGCGACGAAGAUAAUCUACCGGAAGGUAUUGGAACCCCUCACCCGGAAGCAGCUGGUAAAACUCCUAGAUUAAAAAGACAAAGGGUGGCUACUCCACAUGUUAAGAAACUGCUUAGUCUGAUGAGACAGAAGGUCGUCGAAGAGUAUGAGGAGACGCUAGAUGAUGGAAAUGUUGAUGGAUCUCCUGUUACUAAAACCACUCCAUCGAGGAAUGAAAAUGAAACAGAAGAACAAAAGGAGAUGACCACACCAACUUCUCAUGUACUAAAUCUGAUGAAAUUGGCCCAAACGGUGACCACAAGUACUCCGACACAUCCGAUCGCUGGUAGUUGGUCACUGUUCAAAGAUCCUGGAGCUGAUUCACCACUAUCUGAAAUUGAAAACACAGAGAGUCCUGCACAGAGUAUAGGAAAUGAGCCUUCGAAAUCUGAAUCUGAAUCUGUGCCUCCUAAACUUAAAAGUAUUAUUGUCACUGGCACUCGACUGAAGCUUGGAAGUCAAGAUAGUUCAGAAAAACACGUGACCUUUCAGGAUUCCAAUAACGCUGACGUUUCGAGCAAAACUAAAAAGGUCAAAUUUGCUGACGAUACGGUUUUUCAACAGGAACCUAAAUUAAAAAGGGUGUUCCGAAAACCGAAACGCAUGUUGACCCCGGGUCCACAAAAACGUUUCUGCUACAACCCACGUUUCCAAGCUCUGAUCAAUCGUUUCGAGAAUCAGGGUUACACGUUAACUAGAACUCCUGUAACGAAUAGAGAGAAACCUCAAGAAACUACCCCACCAGUAGGAGAACCUUCAAAUCUGCCAGCUAGAGCUAUUAAUUUCAAAGAAGAGAGUCCGAUAAUCGAUGGAAACUAUUCAAGGGAUAGUGAAGAAUCAUACAAAACAUGUAUAGAUUCUCCACAAUUAGGCAUGAGCACGGCUUUAACAGCAUUAACAGCCAACAUAGCUGGAUCCUUGCAAAACUGCCUGAGCAAUAUUCUUAGAACAUCGGAUGACGAAACUGAAAUACAAUUUAAAUUUACCAUUACAAAGAAGAAAUUUAACCUUAGAAAUGUUGCUGAAGCUGAUAAUGAUGAUGAGGCUGAAAAUUUAGAACCAAAUAAAGAAAACAUUUGGUCUACUGUCGCCAAAGCGGUGAAAAAUGUGUUUUGGGGAGAACAAGCAUCAACAACCCCAUACAAGUCCGAAUCGUCAAUGGACUCUUCCUCGUCCAAACGUAAGUGCCAGGAUAUGACCGAUCCUGACACCAGUCCUCUGAACCACAAGAAGCACAAGUACGAGGGCCGGAUUAGGGGUAGACCUCCAUUGAGGAGUAAAUUCGGAGUAUCAAGCUUAAGAAGCUCCCAUUCUGCUGAACAGCAUUCUAUGAUCAAGGAAGUAUCUUUUAACCAGGAUGAUGCGAUGAACUUGAGCUUUUGA